AUGACCGACAGGCAAAAUCCCCAAACCUCUCAGAACCUUCCUUCUUCUUCUUCUUCUUCUUCUUCUUCUUCCAAACUCACACCCGAAACCAGCAAAGCCAACAGCAGCUCUUCGGGCCAAAAGAUCCGCUACCCGAACCCAGCGGAAACAUCAAUUCCCGACGCGGCAACACUUCGAGAGCAGUGGAAGUUCGCAAUCAAGCAGUACAGUAAAUGGUACUCCCACGCGUGGGGCACCGCAAUUCUCGCGGGUUUGUCAUUCUUUGCUCUUGGUUGGGUUAUAAAGGGAUCCAAUCCUCUGCCCUCUUUCAAGGGUGAUGAUUCUCCUGCUCCUUCCGAUGAUCCUGAUAAUUCAAAGUGA